AUAAGUAAACUAAAAACAUAGAACAUCACAGGAAAUGUGUAGGAUAACGUAAUACAUGGGAAAACAUUUUAAAGAGCACAAACAAUACUACUUGUCAGAUGUAUUAUUGCGUUAUCAUUGUAAUGAUCAUAUGACACCUCCUAAGCUAUAUGGGUGCAAGGUUGAAAAUACUUUUCCUUUAUAAUUGAUUAGUUUUGUUUGUUUCAAAAUUCGUUAUGGAUAAACAUAUUUCAGUUUAAUUUGAUCCGAUAUAUUGAUAAUGUAGGUUGGUUGAUCUGCGUGAUACAAACACGUUUUAAAUGGUCAGCCUUGCGAGACGGAACAGCCUCCCAGAUCCUUCACAGGCACGGUCUGUGUCUUUAAGCAGAAAUAAGCAGCGUCCAUCGUAGCUGGUGUAGUCCCUCCCUUUCCUGCAGCAGUGAAAUACGGGGAAACCCUGAAAAACAGCGCCGGAGAAACGGAGCGCAUUUGGUUAAAAAUCCCAGCUAACGUUUGCUGCAAAUCCAUGGGCUAGCGGGCUGGAAGUAAUGCUACAGCCACGGGACAGGCAGAACGGACACAUGGGAUUCAGAAUUACUAUCCAGUUCCCCUUUGCAGCUAUUUUAUUUUCCUGGACGCCACAAAAGAGGCUGAACCAAGCUGAAGCAAAUAUGGAUGAGCGCUGAUGUUCGCCGAUGAAUGAAGAGAACUCCGUAACAGUGGAAUAAACUGCGAGGGAGAAAGCGAAGAAACGGCAGAUUCGGCUGUUCUGCUGAUCGAUACUUUUUUUUUUAUUAUUAUUAUUCCUCUGGACCUUUUCUCUGGGAAGCAGAUGUUCCCAUGUGAUACAUUGGGAGGUUUUUGCAACCAGUUUUUGGAUGCUGAGCGAUAAUAAUGCAAGCAGAAACCACGCGUUAUGGAUUUUAAAUGAAGAUUUUUGCUACAUUCCGAUGUGUACAGUAGAUGAUAAAUGGUAUUAUUGUUUUUGAAUAUACCGGGACAAAAUUAAUGAGGAAAAUUUUAAUGAUCCAGGAAAGACAAAGUAAAACCCGGAUGACUAUCUACUCUAAUCCUGGAUCCUUUGAGAAGGAGAUGUCUUUUGAUGUAUUUUACGAGACUGACAAGUUAACAUUUUUAGUUGUGGCUGAAAUAAUAAGUCGAGUAAAUUAAUUGGCAGGGAAUUUAAUUGUAAAGUACUGUUAGAUCGUUUACAUUCGAGAAAAUACCGUUCUUCUGUUAACAAUGGUAGAACCUGUAGGUUUUGUUGAGGCUUGGAAAGCUCAGUUCCCAGAAUCAGACCCCCCCAUGAUGGAGUUAAAUACGGUGGAGGACAUUGAACAGGAAUUGGAAAAAUGCAAAGUUUCUAUCCGGUGCCUGGAAAUGGAGGUGAACAAGGAGCGCUUCCGCAUGAUCUACCUGCAGACGUUGCUGGCCAAAGAGAGGAAGAGCUAUGAUGGAAAGAGAUGGGGGUUCAGGAGGACAUCCCAGAAUAAUGAGGAUGACCAGCCCUCUGGGAACGAUGGCCAUCAACGAGAGCUGGUAGAAGUGGACCAAAGCAGGGUUCCUGUUCUAGGGGAAGAGAAGUCCAGACCUAAACCUCCUCUUGCUAAGAAGCCGUCCUCCCAUGCUGAAGAUUAUGCACCCUCGUUGGCUGCAGAGACACCUCAGGGUGAGACUGAAGAGAUGAACAGGUGUAAGUAUUAUGGAGAAGGCGAUUCUGUUAGGCCCUCGCCAUCUCGACAGAGGGGAGGAGCUUCUGGGCGAAAACCCGGAGCAGCCACGGCACCUACUGAGAAGGAGGCGCAUGGAGACGCCUCCCUACAAGAGAGGUCCGGUUUGGGCAUGGGGGUUGCUGCCUUGCGCUCCAACUUUGAGAGGCUCAAACGGGCCAACUCACACUCUUCGGCAGAAGCCAGGGGUCUCUCUGAGAAACCGUUUUACGUCAACAUGGAGUAUCAUCAUGAGAAGGGGCUCGUGAGGGUCAAUGACAAGGAAGUGUCGGACAAGAUCAGCACCCUGGGCAGUCAGGCCAUGCAGAUGGAGCGCAAGAGAUCCCUGCACUCUCUAGCGGGCUUGGGCGAGCUCCACCGGGCCGGUACCAAGGGGCGCCCCGUCGAAACCAGCUGUGGCUACGACGCUGAGUACGAGGAUGUCGAACUCAACCCGCACUUCCUCAGGGAUAACAUGGUGCGGGCAAAUGGCAGCAAGACGGACCGCCAGAAGCGGGCACCGCCACGCAGGCAGACGUCGGACUUCCAGCCGUAUACCAGCGUCUAUGUGGGCGGGAUGAUGGGCGACCGUGGUGGGGACAGCGGGCACCUCACCUGGCCGCGGAGGUCCUACUCGCCUGGGAGCUUCGAUGACGUUGGUGGCGGCUACACGCCGGACUGCAGCUCCAACGAGAACCUGACGUCCAGCGAAGAGGACUUCUCCUCCGGCCAGUCAAGUCACGUGUCGCCCAGCCCCACCACCUACCGCGUGUUCCGAGAGAAGAGCCGCUCGCCUUCCCAGCAUUCCCAGCAGUCCUUUGAUAGCAGCAGCCCCCCCACCCCGCAGUCCCAGAAGCGACACAAACAGCAGGUGGUGGUAUCAGAGGCCACCAUCGUGGGAGUCAGGAAAACUGGGCAGAUCUGGCCCAAUGAUGGUGACUCAACUCCUUCCAGCCGGGCAUCACAUGACAACAGCUUUCAAGGAGACAUAGACACCUCUUUCAGCGGGACUCCGCCUACCUACGGGUACGAUGCGGACCGGGCGGAAGAGCAGCGCCGACACCAUGAUGGGAUGCCCUACAUCGACGACUCUCCUGCUUCCUCUCCCCGCCUCAGUUCCAAGAGCCGCAGCAGCCGGGACACGCUUUCCUCAGGCUCCCUCGAGUCUUCCAAAUCGACUGAACUGGACAUGGAGAAGGGCCUGGAGAUGCGCAAGUGGGUACUCUCCGGCAUCCUGGCCAGUGAGGAGACAUACCUCAGCCACUUGGAGGCGCUGCUGCUGCCGAUGAAGCCCCUGAAGGCAGCCGCCACCACCUCCCAGCCCGUUCUCACCGUCCCGCAGAUCGAGACCAUCUUCUUCAAAGUGCCUGAGCUCUAUGAGAUCCACAGGGAAUUCUAUGAUGGCCUGCUGCCCCGGGUUCAGCAGUGGAGUCACCAUCAGUGUGUGGGAGACCUCUUCCAGAAGCUGGCCAGCCAGCUCGGACUCUACCGUGCCUUUGUGGACAACUAUGAGGUUGCUGUGGAGACAGCCGAGAAGUGCUGCCAGGCGAACACGCAGUUUGCUGAAAUCUCAGAGAACCUCAAGAUCCGGAGUGGCAAGGAUUGCAAAGACCAGAUGGUGAAAAACUCGUUGGAGGCUCUCCUGUAUAAACCAGUGGACAGAGUGACUCGGAGUACCCUGGUGCUUCAUGACCUUCUAAAGCACACGCCCUCCAGCCACCCUGACCACCCGCUGCUUCAGGAUGCCCUACGCAUCUCUCAGAACUUCCUGUCUAGCAUCAAUGAGGAGAUCACGCCCCGGCGCCAGUCCAUGACCGUCAAGAAGGGCGAGAACCGGCAGCUGCUGAAGGACAGCUUCAUGGUGGAGCUGGUGGAAGGAACCCGUAAGCUACGACACAUGUUCCUGUUCACCGACCUGCUGCUGUGUGCGAAGCUGAAAAAGCAGACCGGGGGGAAGGGCCAGCAGUAUGACUGUAAGUGGUACAUCCCGCUGGCAGACCUCACCUUCCAGACCGUAGAGGAGUCCGAGUCCUCGCCCAUCCCACAGGUCCCGGAUGAGGAGAUCGAGGCCAUGAAGAUUAAGAUUUCACAGAUCAAAAACGAGAUCCAGAGGGAGAAGAAAGCCAACAAAGGUGGAAAGGUGGUGGAUCGGCUGAGGAAGAAGCUUUGUGAGCAAGAGUCUCUGCUGCUGCUUAUGUCGCCCUGCAUGGCCUUCAGGGUGCACAACCGCAAUGGCAAGGGUUACAUGUUCCUGACCUCCUCAGACUAUGAGAGGGCAGAGUGGAGAGAGCUGAUCCGAGAGCAGCAGAAGAAGAGCGUUAAGAGCUUUUCCCUGACCUCAGUGGAGCUUCAGAUGCUGACCAACUCAUGCGUGAAGCUGCAGACGGUGCACAGUAUACCCCUGACCGUCAAUAAAGAAGAUGAUGAGCCUUCAGGCCUGUGCGGCUUCCUGAAUGUCAUCGUCCACUCUGCCUCGGGGCUCAAACAGAGCCUGAAUCUUUACUGCACCUUGGAAGUGGACUCCUUCGGCUACUUCGUGAACAAGGCUAAGACGCGGGUGUACCGGGAUGCAACAGAGCCCAGCUGGAACGAGCUGGACCCUCAGACGCUGCAGGGAAAAGACUGGCAGAGGUCGGUCAUCGCCACGAACGGGAUUGAGGUGAAGCUGUCCAUGAAGUUCACGAGCCGGGAGUUUAGCCUGAAGAGGAUGCCGUCACGAAAGCAGACUGGGGUCUUCGGGGUGAAAAUCGGCGUGGUCACCAAGCGGGAGCACUCCAAGGUGCCCUACAUCGUGAGGCAGUGCGUGGAGGAGGUGGAGCGGCGGGGCAUGGAGGAAGUGGGCAUCUACCGUGUAUCAGGCGUGGCCACCGACGUCCAGGCCCUGAAGGUGGCCUUUGAUUCCAACAACAAAGAUGUGUCCGUGAUGAUGAGUGAGAUGGAUGUAAACGCCAUCGCGGGGACCCUGAAGCUCUAUUUCCGGGAACUUCCAGAGCCCCUCUUCACCGACGAACUGUACCCCAACUUUGCAGGAGGCAUCGCCCUGUCAGACAGUGUAGCCAAAGAGAGCUGCAUGCUCAACUUGCUGCUUUCGUUGCCUGAACCCAACCUGGUCACCUUCCUGUUCCUGCUUGACCACCUGAAAAGGGUGGCCGAGAAUGAAAUCAUCAACAAGAUGUCGCUCCACAACCUGGCCACGGUUUUUGGCCCUACCUUACUCCGCCCGUCUGAGAAGGACAGCAAGAUCCCCACCAAUCCCACGCUCCCCAUCUCCAUGGGCGACAGCUGGUCACUCGAGGUCCUGUCACAGGUCCAGGUCUUGCUGUACUUCCUGCAGCUGGACACCAUACCCACGCCAGACAGCAAGCGACAGAGCAUCCUCUUCUCCACAGAGGUGUAGCGGGAGCAGAAAAAGCAGAGCCGUAUGUGCAAGAGGCCAGACAGGGGGCUCCCUGGGUCACAGGGGCUGCUGUUCAUCUGCACUGAAACAGUGCACUAUCAUGUCAGCUGCUCUGUAGCUGGCGCUUGCAUAAAAAGACCAUCAGAGGGCGCCAUAACUGCACCGAACUGACACAAGAGCCUCCUGAAAACACAUUCCUUUCGCUGUUGUCUUCUGAACAUUCUCAGUUGAUUGUGUUUCGUUAGGCUGAGUGUUUUUGGUGUUUUCUUUUGUCUUACUCUCAUUUUAAAAAGUCUGUAACUGGUGUGCAAUCUUUUUAGUCAAUCGGUAUGCACGCUCGAAGGAUUAUAGUUGAAAUCCAUGAUAGCUGGUGAGGGAGGCAGGAAGAUCUUGUUCGUUGUUGAAGGCCGGGUGCCUUCGCUGUGGUUUCUCUCCCUAUCUCGCGAUGUUAUACGUUACUGUCUUCUUCAGACAGGUCGCCUGCCUUUCUUUACCAUUCAGGGUUUGCAUAGACUGUGGAAAUCACCAGGAGAUGUGCACGCCUGAAACUACUUCACAUUCUCUGCAUCAUGGUUUCCGGGGCUUACUGAGAGCCUGUAAUUCCACGCUGCUUUAACUAACUUGUGACAAUCGAGUGUGCCAUAGAAGUAUCUAGGAAAACCUUGGUUGUCGUGAGGAGGAAUCCUCUGAGAAUUAAAAGUAGUCUUACUACUGAGGGAACGCAGUUACUGCCAUAUUGACAUUUUAACAUCUGCAUUUGUAGAUAAGUAUUUUACGAGGCCAGGAAAAAAAAACACAGAGCAUGUGAAGACAUCUCAUUGGUGACAGAUGCUUUGCUAAGAUUGACGUGAGUCAGGAGCUUGGAAUUUGCAUCAGCGUUGUGCCUGGAUAUAAUCAGUGUCUGCAGCGCAGGACCUCAUGAGGAAGCAUCUUACCUGCGUGCCUCUUCCCAAGCCGAUGGCUGCUCUGGGGCACAGCGUUAAGAGCUGGAAUGUCUGCAUUAUGGGCUAGACCACCUUCUUGACUUAUGUCAUCGUACUUGCGUUGUCUCGGUGGUGAGGUAUGCCAUACAUGAGCUGAUUCAGGUGUCGUCUGUCAUUGGCUGACGUUCAGUAUGUGUGCGUAGCCGCCGCCUAUGCUUUGGCUCUCAUGAUAACUCAUUCCAGGCAACCAGCAUCUCUGUUUUACGUACGUUUAACACGCUAAUCCGGUGUGUCGCUACUGUAUCUCUCAUAGGAAGUAUAACGUGAAAACAUUCUGUAAUAUGGGCAACUUGAAAGCUGAGCUUUGACUUUGUAUGUAUUUUUUCUUUCAUUGAGAGCAUUUUCGUGUUUUUCUAAUUUGCCGUAAAUGGUGUACUUUGUAAUCACUUCACAUAACAAAAAAAAACAAAAUAUCCAGGCUGUCAAAGAUUGCUUUAUGAAUAGGUUGUUCACUCUUACCAUUUUUAGCUCAGUGGAAAUGCAUCCAUUUAAUCUGAAGCUCCCUUGAGGAGUGCUGCAGGCUGCCCCCUACUGGUCAAGGUGAUCUCUACAUCAGCACAUUGCCUCUCCUGUCAUUUCUCUUCAGUGGGGGGCGGGGCUUCGGAAAGAGCAGCCCACCGUUAACUGGUAGAUACAGAAAUGCACGGCAGGCAGGAUGUGUUGCAAUUCAAUGGACAAUAGAUGGUAUCCCGCUGCACUCGGCAUAAGUAGCGAAUCAUGUGGAAUGCCGGAUAGUUGAGAUCCAACCCACCUACAUACCAGUUAGCUGAUCGUAAUAAGUGCAGGUUUAUUUAUUUGUAUCACUUACAUUUUAGAGUGAUGUUUUGGUAUGGCUUACACCAGUAGUGUCAUUCCGCCCAACCUCAAACCCGCCCAACCCUAGCUGGGAUUUCACUGCUCCUGGGCAUAGUUGGGAUGGGUGGGAAUAUUCUCAGCAUUCACAGUUAGCGGUUAGUAAUCGGUGCUGACAGCACUAGCUGGUAACAUGCCCACUGUAAACGAGUCAUCAGAGGGAGGUUAUGUCUAAAGUCUAUGUUACGUCUAAAGUCUAUGUUAUGUCUAAAAUCUAAGCGUAACAGUUUACUAAUUGCCAGUGGUGCAUUUUGCUGGCUUUGUUUGUCUUCCCCAAUAUCAUUUUUCGUAUUUCGCUUGUAUCUUAAUGAUCUUGGUUUGAGUUUUUUCUUUUAUUUGAUAACAAAUAUAUCAGAGGAUAGUGAGCUGUGUUAUUUCUUUAUUUUUUUUAAAACCUCUAACAUGCAGGCAUGUUGAUUUCAAUGUGAUGAUUUUAAAACGUAUUUCUCUCAAGGCUAAUGUUUUUUUUAUUUUUUUUUUUUUUUUUAGUUUUUUUACAGAAGCUAAGCCAAGCCAUUUCACCCAAAACAUUUUUGGGGAGGUCAUAUACAAAUGUUGACAAUGUUUUUUAAAAGCAAGAAGGAAAAACUGGCAAACAUUCCUGUUGUCUGAGUUUGUGCAUCCUUUUUUGGACUAUGGGAAGUAGCCUUUAAGGGAGUAGGCUCCUCCUCCUGGGGAAGCUUCAAUGUUUAUAGGCUGGCAGAAUCUUGGGACUCUUCUGAUUGGUUGGUUGUCUGGGAACCAGAAGCUCGGUGCCAGUUGUAGAUGAGUCCCAUGCUCAGACCUGUCGUGACUUGCAGGGUCACGCCAUGGACCACCAACAAUUGGGGUGAAGAGAAAUGUAUGAAGAGUGAUAACGGGAAGGGCGAGGGGGUGUAUCUCUGGUGGUGGUGGGGUGUGGAAAUGCAUUAACAACAAACUGAUGUUACCUUCAAACAGGAGCCGAGUUUUGAUGAAAGUCAACCCUUUGAACCCACUAUAGAUUCAAACAUUCAGAACUUAAAAAAAGAUUUUUUUUUCCACUUCAGUUACUCUAUCUUAUGCUGGGCAUCUGCCCUCCAUGUCCGAGCAGCCAGCAGCCCUUCUCUGGCAGUUUCCCCCAGACCUGCUGUGCCAUUCGAGCACAUCAAAAAGCCGAUCCAGACACGGGUUUCAGGGCGUGAUGGUGCCAAGCUUAGGCGUAUCCCACAGAGGCCUGUCUCUUCAAACGUUUGUUCUUUAAUCGAAGCUCACCGAGUUCGAAACUCCACCCUCCUGUCUGGGACAGUAGCCUUUAAUCGAUUUUGGUUUUACCACAGGGGCGUCUAAGCCACGUUGACCAGGACGUUAAGUCAAGUUAAGGCUUCCCAAAAACAGCACUGUGUGGACCUGUGGGUGACUCUCUAUCAUUGCGUUUCGCCGGUUCCCGUGUGCCAGGGGCAAAAGCGAGGCAGCUACGCUACCCAGAUAUCAGAAAUUGGGUCUGAAACCUGUUUGAGGCCCAUUACUAUCAUUUGGUUUUUGUUCCCUAUUUAUUUAUAUGAUUCCAGAUAUCCACUGUGAUCACUGUGUCUUAUGGAGAAUGAAGUCUUUAAGGUCUUGAGUGUUCCUGCCGAGUGUAAGCAGGGCCACAUCAGUAGUAUGUAAGAACCCACUGAUUCAGAAGCAGUCGGGGGAAGCAACAAGGUUUAUAUGUAUAUAACAAAGCUUCUGACUCCUUUCUCCCUGCCUUUUUCUUACUUAUUCCAAAAAUGUGCAAAGAUCUAGGUAAUGGGUUUAUUUAUUGAGAUGUCAAUCAAGAUUUAACUAUAUAAUUAGUAAUUAUAGUAGUAGUAUUAGACUGUUUAGAAAGGCUACUUCUAACUGAUUUUCCACAUAAUUAAAAUCUUUUUUAUUGUAAUUAGUCACUGACAUAAUCCCCUCAGAUCUGAAGACGUGUAAAUUGAGAAAGUUCUAAUGUAAGAUUUCAUGCUUUCUGAAAAUGCUCUGCUAUCACGAAAGACAUGACAGCUUAGGGAAAACAUGCAGUUGACACAAUGUUUUUAUUUAUUUUUUUCUAAUUCCUGUUUACUGAUCAUGUUGCUGCAAAGAGGAAAGAUGUUCCGGAACUGUUCACAGCCUCUGUUUGUACACGGAAAUUUAAAUAAAACCACCUGUACGUA